ACUGGGAGGUUUAUUACAAUAAUUCAUAGAAAAAAAGUCUCGCUGUAAACCGCUGCAGCAGAGAACGGUACAAUUCAUCCUAUAUUUCGAAUCUAUUGCUAUUUUUAUUAUCGUGAAUUGCUGUGACAGUAUAGUAUUUAAGAUACAAGGUUGUAUAUGGUAAAGUCAAGUAAGAAAGUAAUUUCUAUUAGCAGUCGUCGCAUUCUGUUGUAAGAGCUUCACUUUCUUGUGCAAACUUCAACUACAAAUGUCAGCAGAAUACAACACAACACAACAAAAUACAAGAAUUGACCCCUGUCACGUGACCGAGUACAGCAUCCUUUUUGGUCCAUUUUGGAGGAAAGCGAGAGAGCUGCAGGUAGCACACGACCAUGACCAAACUACAGUUUUUAAACGUCUUCUUGACCGAGCGGCUCAUGCUCGCCGCACAGGAGAUCUACAAGUCAGUGGAGGACACAAUUUUGGAGUACCAAGAGGAAAUAGCCAUCAGAGAGCGAGAGAACGACCAUCUGAGACGCAGGCUGCGAGAUGCUGGGAUUGAAAUAUGGCCAGACCGUCCAUCAAUGGCACUGACACUCGAAGAGGAGGAUGCCGAGCAUCCCCGGCGUGAGUGGAGUCCCAGCAUGGGGCACGAAGAACGCAUUCCGAUUCACAUCAAGGACAAGCGAGAUCUCAGAGACAACGAGCUUCGUGGUCAUGGCUCCUGCAGUACUUCAGAAAACAUGUUCCCGCCCCAACGUGUUGUAAACGAGUACGCCCAGGACGGCCCUCACACGUCCAACCUUCCUCUGUGUCAAGGAGUUGAGAACAGGGAGCGGGAUCCGAACUCCCGCGGCUCCUCAAGGCACGUGAAGGCGGAGAGUGGAGGUGUGCACAGGGGUUCCACUUCCUCCAACAACACCGCUCAACCCCUUGCACCAGUCAACCCAAAUUGCUCAAAUGAGAACAACAUAGACAUCAUAGGGGUGGAGAAUGGGGGACAGAUGGUUGGUGCUAAGGGAAACGGACCUGUGGCAAACAGAGGACAGGCGUCUCACAUGCGCAACCAAGCAGCCAACACCGUAGACUGCCCCCAUCAGAAAUCCCCUCUACAAGGCCAGACAUCAUCCUUCUGCUGCAAGGUAUGUGGCGAAGCUUUUAGUCAUGUCGGCCACUUACACGUGCAUGUACAGGUGCACACGCGGGAGAAACCUUACCGCUGUGGCGUGUGCGGGAAGUGCUGCAGCUCCUCUGGCCGACUCCAGGAGCACCAGCGGAGCCACACGGGGGAAAAACCAUUCCGUUGCCAGAUCUGUGGGAAGGGCUUCACCCAGAUGGCGCACCUCAAAGUACACAUGAGGAUUCACACGGGGGAGAAGCCAUACAGCUGCCCUGUGUGUGGGAAGUGCUUCAGCCGCUCUGAUAAAAUCAAAAGGCAUCUCCAGACACAUACACGUGAGGGGACCUAUUUCUCUGGGCAAUGAUGCACGAGUGUGUUUGUCAUCAUAUUCAUGUGGAAACGUUUUUUUAAACACAGUUGCUGCCAUUUAAUAUGAGCUUUUUCUACUCUUGGAAACUUGGAAAUUUGAAACAGUUUUUAUAACAAAUAAUACUUCUCCAUGCCAUAGUUCUUGUCAUGUAUUUUCUCCCCUCUGAGAUUGCUCAAUUUUCUAUUCUCAUCCCUAUAGUAACAAAACUACAUUAUGAUUAAGUCUUCCACACAUGCUUUGAAACUAGGAAUGACUACAUUGCUUUGAUGGACGACAUGGAAGACAGUCAUUAAUAGAUUAAUUGGUAUUUUUACAAUCAUUGUUAAAAUAAUGGUGCAUAGAUGGGCAUUAUAAUCAAUUAAUUGUUGAGAAUUCCAUUUGUGAUUGUUGAUAGAUGGUGUUUUGAAGUAAUUGAUGCAAAAUGGAGUGCACUAUGUGGCAGAGGCAUUGUUGAGUCAGGUUCAACUACAUCGCUGUUUAAAGAAGGACAACAUGAUGGCAGUUUGAGGAUGUUACGUCAUGCGUAUUUCAGCUAUAAUUCAUCUACUCAAUACAACACUGCUAUGGCAAAAAGAGUUCAGAACAUUCAGGAGGACAAUUUUCCCAGUCCUUUAAAAACAAUUAAAUCAUUACAUGAUAGUUAAUUUUCCCCAUAGGAAAUGUAGUCAAAUGCCCACCCCCACACGGUAGAGUCACUCUGUGAAUAAUCUGAACUCCCAUUUACAUCCCAGUGUCACAAUGAGCAGAAUAAUGUUGCUGAGUUCGGUCACAGCAGCGUGGAAAUAGCUCAACUUCACAUUGAUGACCUCAUGUUGUUUUUCAGACCACAGUGGUUGAAACUGAAUCAACAGCGCCUCUGCUGGUUGCAGCCAAGUAAUGCACUCCAUUUUUUGCUUCAAGACCAGAUGAAUCAACAACCACUUAGGCACAAUCGGCAGAAUUCUUAACCAUCUGUUAAUUUAUUAUCAUUCCCAUCCCUACUAUAAACAUUACAUAAAAAAUGCGACAAUGUUCGGCUUUGUAUUUGCAAAGCAACACUUUCCAACUUGUCAUUCAAUUUGGAGUCUCUGCACACAGGAAAUUGUAUUAUAAUUUUUUGUUUUUCUGUUGUUUACUUUGCAAAAAAGGCUCAGAUGGCCAAAUGUAGUGCAUGGCACAAAAUUGGGGAAAAAAAACCUUGAUUAGUCCACCAUUUUUUGGCAAGUCUGUGGCAACAGGUCACAGUAUUUUGAUGUUGCCUCUGGUGUUGCAUUGUUAGUAAGCUCAAUACUGCUAACUGACUUUGUCAGUGCUUCUUGCCGUCUGAUGAAUAAUGGAGAGUGUUAUAAUGACAGACCACUGCCCUCUUUUGAGAAAUUACGAAAUAUUCUGUAGGAUACCACACAUAAUUGUUUGAUCAUGCCUUUCUGUGUCUUUUUAUUAUGCACUCUGUAGUACUCACUCUGUAAUAGAACCACUAUUAAGGCAUUCAUAUUUACACCCCACAAAAGUGACAGCCAAAUUAGAGUACAGGCGUCUCUCGCUACAUCGCGGUUCGAACAUCGUUCCUUCACUCUGUUGUGUUUUUUCAGAAAUUAAUUCAUUAAUAAAUGAUUGCUGUUUCAUGGUUGACUGGCCUAUUAUUGGUCCAAAAUAUUGAAAGACAAGUUCACUAGGCGUCAGUGAUGUUACAUUGAUGAGACAUGACAUUGCAUUAGAUUACCGUCACACUGCACGUAGUCGUCACCCACGGCACGUUUUGUGUGGAAGUGGUAAGUUUUAACCAAUUAACUGUGAUAAACGAGGGACGACUGUACAUGUUUUGCACUAGUGUCUGGCCUCUUGAGCAGCUAAAGUUGCAUUGUUUACAUACAUGAUAAUGUCAGACCUGGGCCUCCAGUUGUAAAUGUUACAAAUUCAGGAUUGUCAAUAAAUGUCUGACUCUACAUGUUUGGUGACACUGUUCUUUAAACAAUUUAGUAGGAAAUUAAACACUUCGAUGAAUCAUUUGCAGCAACGUGUGUAACACAGCGGUAGUAUAAGCUCCAUCAACAGGUACAAAUAUUUGAAGCGAUACAGGAAAAAAACUUGGGUGUAUCCCGCUGCAACACACUUUGUAAAUACCACUGAGACAUGUAAAUAUCCUGAAGUGUAAACACAAUAGUUUGCCACAGAAACAGUAUGUUUUGCUAUAUGUUACCAGCACAAUCUUUUCAGGACAUUAAUUCAGAGCAUCCAUCACAUCCAUACAUUUUCUAUGCCGCUUAUCCUCACUAGCGUCGCGGGGGUAUGCUGGAGCCUAUCCCAGCUGACUUCGGGCGCAAGGCAGGGUACACCCUGGAUUGGUCACCAGCCAAUCGCAGGGCAAAUGUAGACAACUAUGCACACUCACGUUCAUGCCCAUGAACAAUUUAGAGUCGCCAAUUAACCUAACGUGCAUGUUUUUGGAAUGUGGGAGGAUAAUUCAGAGUAAUGAAUUAUACAUACGUUUUCUACCAAUUACACUUAAUGACUUUUUGUAUCAAUUCCUACUAAAUUGUUAUGAGAACAGGUUUAUUUUGAAUGUACUGUAGCAUACAGUAAAAUGAAUUCAGCAUGUUCUCACACUAACCAGCAGCCCUUCUAUUUCAACUGGACUUUGUUUCUU